UGUCGGGUGUCACCUCCUCCCUGAUCUCCUGCGCUCCUCUCAUUGUCCCGCGCCGCGUCAGAUUCGCGUGACAGCGCCGCUCCGCGAGUCAUGCUCGAGAUGGAGACGGGGCGUCCGGCGGAGAACAAGCGCAGCCGAAAGCCUGCUCACCCCGUGCGGAGAGACGUGCGCCAGGAGAUGAAGAGCUUUGCUGAAAGCACCAUGAAUGAGUUGUUGGGCUGGUACGGCUAUGAUUCAGUGGAUCUGCAGGACUCAGAAACCCGUGUCAAACACAACCAUAUAUCUGUUCUUAAAGAGAACUCCGUGCCAAAGCCACACGCCGAGGAGAGGAAGCUGCCCUCAUCCUCAUCAUCUUCCUCAGAGCCCGUCAGGAGCAUGAACGUCAUCGUGCCGCUCAUCAAGCCCUCUGCCGCGGAGGACGAGCAGAACGAGCCGAUCGUGUGCGUCUGGUGUCAGAAGGAGGGCGUGAAGCGCUACUCUCUGCUCAUGGGCUCCGAGCUCAAGAGCUUCUGCAGCGAGAAGUGUUUCGCCGCGUGUCGACGCGCCUUCUUCAAACGCAACAAGACUCGAGAUGAGGAUCGUCAUGGCGACCAGUCUCCGCCCCCUGGCCAGACGCUGGACACGCCCUCAAGACUUCUGCUGAAGAUGAACAACAACACGCGUGUGUGUGAUUGGUGUAAACACCCGCGUCACACUAAAGAGUACCUGGACUUCGGUUCGGGCGAGGAGCGCCUGCAGUUCUGCAGCACCAAAUGCCUAAACCACUACAAGAUGGACGUGUUUUACCAGGAAGCUCGUGCCGCCCUCUCCGGCUCCGCCCACAAAGAUGAGGAGGACCGCCCCAAAACGGCUGUGGCAGAAAACCAGAAACUCCUCACCCCGGAGGCCUGGGACAGACCAGCGAAAACCCUCUCGCCCCGAAGCCCGCCGCAGCUGAGGAUUCAGACCAGCGUAUCGCCCUCUUCUACGGCUCGCCCGGCUCGUGUUACUCCGGAACAGCCACGCCCACCUCCGAUGCCCCUCCCCUUUGUGCGCCCACCCCUGCGAAGCCCCGCCUCUCACCCGCCCCGCCCCCUCAGCCCUAACCAGAGGGCUUCCUUUGCGCCGCCUCCUCUCCUCCAGCCUUUCCCCGCCCCUUACAUGCCCUUCCACCCGGCGUACCCGCCCCAUUUACCCCCGCCCUGGCCGCAGCCCAUGAUGUUAUCACCCUACCCGGUUUUCGUGCCAAUCCCGGUGCCGAUUCCCAUUCCCAUCCCUGUUUUCCCUCAAACGGGCCACAAAGGAGUCAUUCGAAGCCUUCAGGAGCACGAGCGUACGCCCGAUCCGGGUCACUCAGAGGAGCCCAACAAAAAAGUAAAGACCGAACGAUGUGCUUCUCCUCUCGCAUCGGAGCGCCAGGUGAUUCAGUGUCUCCGCAAACACCCGGUGAAAGAGGAAACUCACACGCGCGCAUCUCCAACGCACAAAGCACUUUACGCAUCUGUCGUCACGCCGACGGCCUCUAGAAUCGUUACUCCCGCCUCUUUGUACUCAUUGGCUCCGUCGCACGCCAAACCAGAAGCUCGUGCCGCCCUCUCCGGCUCCGCCCACAAAGAUGAGGAGGACCGCCCCAAAACGGCUGUGGCAGAAAACCAGAAACUCCUCACCCCGGAGGCCUGGGACAGACCAGCGAAAACCCUCUCGCCCCGAAGCCCGCCGCAGCUGAGGAUUCAGACCAGCGUAUCGCCCUCUUCUACGGCUCGCCCGCCCCCUGGUUCCCACGCCCACCUCAGAUGCCCCUCCCCUUUGUGCGCCCACCCCUGCGAAGCCCCGCCUCUCACCCGCCCCGCCCCCUCAGCCCUAACCAGAGGGCUUCCUUUGCGCCGCCUCCUCUCCUCCAGCCUUUCCCCGCCCCUUACAUGCCCUUCCACCCGGCGUACCCGCCCCAUUUACCCCCGCCCUGGCCGCAGCCCAUGA